AGGGAGCUCAGGGGCGCGCACGGCGAUGAGAGUAUCUGGGGUUUGUUUGCUGUAUUGCGGCGCCUCUGUGAAGUGCACCUGAAAUAGCGGAGGGAGGAGAAACGAUUAAAAAGGCGAAGGGAGCAGAGUGUCUGCAGCAGGAACAGGAGCAGGAAGAGAAGCGAAAGGGAUCCAGUUAUAGCUGGGACGGUAAUCUGGAGCUGAGAUAAACUUGGUUUGAAAGGAAGUCUUCAGCUUUUCUCAGAAGGAAAAUUUCCCGGGAGAUUGUAUGACGGACCCCACUGAGACAAGACUUUAAUUCCCAGAUACCCAGCAUCUGCAGUCCUUUGCUUUCUAUGAUCGUGGUGGUUCUUGCAGGUGGAAUACUCGAACCCAGAGAUCAACUAGAUUUGCUCUGCACUGGCGGAACAUUUAACAUCCGGAAAUGCUGCCAAGGGAUAGGUUUCUUCUGCACACUGGCUUGGUGUUUAUUGUGUCUCUGUGUCACCUGGUUACAGCCAUUGAAGUCCCCCUUGAUCCAAGCCUUCAGAGAGAGUUGGCCCAGCCUCCAACCAUUACCAAGCAGAGUCCAAAGGAUUAUAUCGUAGACCCACGAGAUAACGUGGUUAUUUACUGCGAAGGGAAGGGGAACCCAACUCCAGCCUUCUCGUGGACUCGCAAUGGAAAGUUCUUCAAUGUCGCAAAAGAUUCCAGAGUGUCGAUGCGAUCGCGGUCAGGCACCCUCACAAUGGACUUCCGUUACAGCGGCCGGGCGGAGGACUAUGAGGGGGAAUACCAGUGCUCAGCCAGAAAUGACUAUGGAACUGCACUCUCCCACAAAAUAUUCCUUCGAGUCUCCAAGGCACCCCUGUGGCGUAAGGAGGUCUUAGACCCUUUCCAGGUACAGGAAGGAGCACCCUUGAUUCUUCCAUGUCAACCUCCUGCUGGACUUCCCCCUCCUGUCAUCUUCUGGAUGGACAGCAUGAUGGAAUCGAUCCCUCAGAAUAAACGUGUGUCUCAGGGCCUGAACGGAGACCUCUACUUCUCCAACGUGGUGCGUAGUGAUGCACGCUUUGACUACAUCUGUAAUGCCCGGUUCCUCUUCACACACACCAUUCAACAGAAAAACCCCAUCACCAUCAAGGUGAUAACCAUGGAUACCAGUUAUGAAUCUGUGUCAACUAUUCUGAAUGAAACUGAAUUGUCCGGUGCUCGGCCAAUCACAGAGCAGAUUCCAAAGUUCAUGUCACCGGCAGGGACGUCCAGCAGCAGAAUUAUUCUCCGAGGGGAAGACCUGUUACUGGAGUGCAUCGCUUCAGGAAUACCCACACCGGAUAUUAUUUGGUACAAGAAAGGUGGUGAACUUCCUUGGCCAAAGGUGCGAAUUGAAAAUUACAACAAGACAUUGAGGAUCACUGACGUUUCUGAGGAGAACUCGGGCGAGUAUUUUUGCUUAGCAUCCAAUAAAAUGGGAAGCAUACGGCACACAAUCACAGUGAGAGUGAAAGCUGCUCCAUAUUGGCUGAAUGAGCCGCAGAAUUUGGUACUGGCUCCUGGGGAAUACGGCAGAUUGGUGUGUCAAGCCAAUGGAAACCCCAAGCCCAACAUCCAGUGGCUGAUGAACGGGGAACCCAUAGAAAAGGUCCGUCAGAGUCCAGGCCGUGAAAUUGAUGGUGAUACGAUCAUCUUCCGAGAGGCACAGAUAGGAAGCAGUGCUGUGUACCAAUGCAAUGCCUCAAAUGAGCAUGGAUACUUACUGGCCAAUGCAUUUGUCAGCAUUCUCGAUGUGCAACCAAGAAUAUUGACUCGACGAAACCAAAUUGUCAAAGUGAUAGAAAAUAACCGAACAAGGCUCGAUUGUCAGUUCUUUGGUUCACCAAUCCCCACCCUGCGAUGGUUUAAGGAUGGGCAGGGCAAUAAUCUUUAUGGAGGAAACUAUAUCAUCCAUGAUAAUGGGACUUUGGAAUUACGACGAGCACGGAAGGUUGAUGAGGGAACCUAUACCUGUGUAGCAACCAACAUACUGGGCAAGGCUGAGAACAGGGUGCGACUGGAGGUCAAAGACCCUACAAGGAUCAUCAGGGCUCCAGAAUCUAUCACAGUGAAGAGGUCACUUGCUGCAAAGUUUGAAUGUAAAGUGAGACAUGAUCCCACAUUAAGAGUGACAGUGACCUGGCUCAAAGAUGACAAAGUUCUGUAUUUGCCUUGGAGGAUGAAGAAAGAUGAGGACUCUUUAACAAUCAUUAAUGUGUCUGAACGAGAUGAAGGGAUCUACACAUGUGUCGCUAGCACAGAACUGGACAGUGACUCAGCUAAGGCACGCCUCACUGUUCUCGUUGUCCCUUCUACCCAAAUUACCCCACUUGCUGCUGUGUUGAAAGAUCGUCCUGAUCCUCCCCGAGAUCUGGAACUGACGGAUCCAGCAGAUCGAAGUAUAAGAUUGACAUGGAUUCCUGGCGAUGACAACAACAGUCCAAUUACAGAGUUCAUUGUGCAGUUUGAAGAGAACAGGUUUCAGCCGAGAAAGUGGCACAAUUUGACCCGAAUCUCAGGCAGCAUCAACUCUGCCGUAUUACAGCUCUCUCCAUACGUUAACUACCAGUUCCGGGUGAUAGCGGUGAAUGAAGUUGGAGAAGGUGCCCCCAGUUUGCCUUCUGAACGUUAUCAAACAACUGGAACAGCUCCAGAACUCAAUCCAUCUGAUGUUAGAGGGGCAGGAAUAUCAAAAUCAAGCAUGCAAAUCAGUUGGACGCCUCUGAAUGGAACACAAAUCAGUGGCCCGAAUCUCAAGUAUAUAGUCAGCUGGAGACAAAAGGAUGUAGGUGGGGAGUGGUCAACAGUCACCGUUCCCAGGUCCAGUUACAUCGUCUCUCCGACUCCCUUCUUUACGCCCUACGAGAUUAAAGUGCAGGCAGUGAAUGAUUUUGGGUUAGGUCCCGAACCAAGGAUUGUGAUUGGAUACUCGGGUGAAGACUUUCCGAUUGCAGCACCCACUGGGCUUUCUGGAAGGAUUAUUAACAGCACUGCCAUUCUACUCCAGUGGAGGGCACUACCACCAGACUCUGUUCAAGGAUAUCUCAUUGGCCACAAAAUUCAAUAUUGGAAUGAGGGAAGUCUGCUGAAGACCAACCAAUACAGGUCACGUGUUCAGGUCACAGAGUCUCCCAGUCAGCGUCUGCGUGCCAUUGUAUCAGGCUUGCAGCCAUAUCACGCCUAUAAGUUUCAGGUGGCAGCAGUCAAUGGUCGGGGACGUGGUCCCUGGAGUGAGGAGUUUGCAAUAAACACCACAGAAGGAGUUCCUGGAAAACCAAGUUACCUCAGAAUCAGGCAGCCAGAUUUGGAGAGCAUUACGUUACAGUGGGGUCCUCCACGUGAUCCAAACGGAAUCCUCACCGGCUACGUGAUCAUGUACCACCCACUGACUGGUUCAAGAUCAAGACGCAAUGCCACCAUUCCCAGACUUGGGCCUGAUGUGACCACCUAUAAAUUGGAGAGAGUUGACGCAAACAUUAAGUACAGGUUUUACGUCUUCGCUCAAACCCGCCAAGGACUAGGCGAAGCGAUUGUGUUGGAUUCACCUGACUUUGAAAAUGAAGUCACCCCUACUCCUGAGAUUGCAAAAACAAUCGGAGUCGUGUCAAGAUUCAUACCCGUCCCAACUACUCCUGCUGCGACCACCACCUUAACUACCAUAACUACCACAACCGCUACAACCAGCGUUGCUCCCCCGACUGUCACCAUCACUGAGACAGCCCAACCAGCCGUCACGGGCACCCAUGUUUAUGUGGAAGCUCUCGGUAGGAUAUGGAAUCUCACUACGUCAGCAGGAAAUGACUCCGUCAAUAUCACAUGGAGUCACACCUUCCCAAGGGAAAUGGCACAGUUUACAGUUGAAUACAUUCACAGUAACGGCACGGUGAAGCAAGAGCACAUCCAAACGGGUCAGAACUCUGUCCGGCUUCUGGGUCUAGCUCCUGGGACUCUGUACAAACUCAGGGUGUUUUCCACCCUGUUCCCGACAGUUACCAGCAAUACCAGCACCAUUGAGACCAGCCCAGCUUUUACUAAUAGUCACGUGGACAUCGCAACGCAGGGCUGGUUCAUUGGCCUGAUGUGUGCUGUGGCACUCCUUGUGCUGAUUCUGUUGAUUGUGUGCUUCAUAAAGAGGAGCAGAGGAGGCAAAUAUCCAGUUAAGACGACAGAAGAAAAUCGGCCCUCACAAGAUGACAAUGGAUACCUAUCUCUAGAAAGUGAUAAUGAAGACAGCAAGAAGCCUCAAGGCAGUCAGUCUUCGGUGGAUGGGACAGUGAAGCAAGAGGAGAGCGAUGACAGCAUAGUCAUCUACGGUGAUGGGGAUGGCAAUUCUCGCUUUGGCGAGGACGGUUCCUUCAUCGGUCAGUACACGGUCAAAAAGGACAAAGAGGAGACCGAGGGUAAUGACAGCUCCGAAGCUACGUCUCCAGUCAAUCCUGCCUAUUCCUUGGCACAAAUGUGAAAAGUAAGGUGAAACCCAAAACUCAAAGCAUAUGGGCACAGGUGCUAGCAAGACAGUAACUACAUUUGAUUUAUCCACCAAUAUCCGAGCAUAUGGAAAACAGAAGCAAAGUGUGAUUUGGCAAACGUGAGGGACCAAAUAAUGAAGCCGGCAAGAGAGGAUACGUGAAGAGUAAGGAGAAUUAAUGAAAGGGGCAACGUGGAAGGUAGAGUGAUUUAUCAGGCUUUGGAGUAACGUCGCCCUCGAGCUCCCCAGCCUCCAUGUGUUGCUGUUAAGCCCCAGUAGCCUAUCUCUCAAGAGUAAGAAAAACAAGUUCUGGAAACUGCUAUUUUUCUUCCCAUCCAUUUUAGAUUGCAAGUGACACAAUUUUGGAGUAAUUUCUAACAUUGUGUAUAGAUGAUGCUACCUAGGGAUUCCUCAUAUUCCACUUGCAAGCUCUGUCCUUGUCUCAAGCUAUCAUGAGGCCACAGCUCUACAUAGGAUGAACAUGAAGAUUUUUACCACUACACUUUGUUUUUGAACAGUACUUAAUUUUAAGAUGCAGCAACAUUAAUAUGAUGUAAGAGAAAUGUCUGUAUGUUGACUGGGGCCUCUCGGAUCUCCCUUAUUUUAAAUUAUAUGCUUCUUAACAUUGAGGGUUAGACAGCCGUCGAGCAGGCCAGCAUUGCAGAUAUAUCUGGAGCAAUGAUUAGUCAGAGCAAAACAAGCUAUCUGUGCCUAAGGAGCUGCUUAAAUGUGAUACAUAAUAAAAUAGGUAAUUUCUGACAGGUGCCAUUUGACAGGUCAGGACCGAGUGCUGUGAUUUUCUAAAGAAAAUUAUCGUGCAUUCUUUGAACUCAUUAUUGAUGCACACUUCUAUUUGCUGAAUAAUUAACUCCACUUCUUCCCCCAGUCAGCAGAAAACAGAAUGUCCUGGUCUCACCGUUCAGCAGCAGUUUAGAACGCUCUGCUUCUGAAACUGACGCUUGACAGAAUGAAACCAGGACUGUGCAGACACCUCACAUUAUACUGCUUUCCAUUUACAUUGACAGUUCACAUGGCACGUCCACAUACAGCAACUGCAUUGUUAGCAGUCCUGCAACAAUUGACUUACAUGUAGCAGAUCCAAGUGAUGUUUCUCAUGUCCUUAAAGUAAGCCCUCUCCCCUUCUUGUACCCCCACUCAGCUCCUUUCUACUCAACCUCAGCUUUCAAUAUUUGGUCUUCAGUAGCUGAAAACACUUAUCUAUCUCCUUUAGGUCUUCUGGGCAUUGACCCUUACUCCUCACUAACUUGAAUGAUCAAUCCUCGAUCUUGUAUGUUCUCCAGUAAACUGUUGAUUUUCUCCAAUUAAUAAUAGGUUUGAAACUAAUCACCAACCACCUCUUCUUUCAGGUUGAAGCCCCGCCCACUGUAAUACAAAGUUCUGUAUUUACUUCUGUCCUACAUAACUCUAAGUGGGACAAGAAGGAUUGACAACUCAAGUUGUAACAUUAACCUGAAAGCUCAAAGUGAAUGAAGCAAUAAAAUAAUAUGAGGACUUACAUGGUCUUAAUUCUUAGACUUGUGGCCAUUAGUUAAGCUCUCAAUCUUGCUUAAAGUGGUACCUUGCGAGAUUUCAAGGCAAGAAUUAUUCCAGUGCCAAGUUCAAUGCCUUGUUGAAAGUCAAAACUAUAUUCCCUUUCCAUAGAAACAGCAUUGCCAAUCUCUUGACAUAUCCUGGCAAGAUUUUUUUCUUGACUUAAUAAUCCCUAAUGUUCACCUAAAACCAUUUUCUGCUCCAAGUUCCUAUACAGAUAAUUUCAAAAUAUCGGCUUCCAGUUCCGAUCUAUUCACUUUAUCCAUAUGUUCGUAUGACGGAAUAUUCUCCACUAGCCUGGAUGACUGCAGAUCCAACGACACUGAAGUUCAACAUUUUUCAGACCAAAACAGCCCACUUGAUUGGCACUCCAUCCAUAGUAUUAAAACUUCUGCUCCAUCCACCAUCGACGCCGAGUAACAACAGUGUGUACCACCUGCAGGGUGCGCUGCAGUGACUCACCAAGGCACCUUCCAAACCCAUGGCUUGUACCAUCUACAGAGGAACCUCGAUUAUCUGAAUGACAUGGGCAGGGAAUGUUUUGUGUGGAUAAUCGAAUGCGGAUAACACUGUUUAGCCAAGCAUCAGAAUCUUGCUAGAUAAUCCGAAAUUCAAAUAAUCGAAUGCUGGAUAAUCGAGGUUCCUCUGUAGAAGGAUGAGGGCAGCUGAUACCCAGGAACAUCACUAGUUCCUGUCUCAACAUCCUAACCUGGAACUAUCUCACUGUACCUUUAUUGUUGCCAGGUUGAAAUCCCUCUGUAACAGUGCUGUGGGUGUACUGACACCACACUAAAUGCAGCAGUUCAAGAAUGAACCUUCUAUCCACUUAUUCAAGGGAAGUUAGACACAGACAAUAAAUGCCGGCCUUGCCAGUGAUGCCGACAAUAUUUAUUUUUCCAAAACUCCCAGUCCUCAACAACUCUGGUUAAAAGCUUACAGUCACCAUUCAUCAAAACGAAUUGAAACCUCAAGCUGUCUCCUGCCUUUGUUAACCACACUACACUCCAGCUACUUUCUUAAACCAGUCAUUACUUACGCAUGUUAGUAACUGUCUAGAUUAAAAUAUUAAGACACGGAAUCAAGUUUCCUCACAUUUUUGAAACUAGAUUCCUUCUGUUUGAGUCAGAAGUCACAUGACACCAGGUUAUAGUCCAACAGGUUUAUUGAAAACACAGGCUUUCGACGAAUCAUUUCACCUGGUAAAAGAGCAGCGGUCCGAAAGCUCAUGAUUUCAAAUAAACCUGUUGGACUAUAACCUGGUGUUGUGUGACUUCUGACUUUAUCCGUCCCAGUUCAACACCUGCAUCUCCACAUCAUGGCUACCUUCUGUUUGAGACAACAUGGCGACGUGGUGGGAUAUCAGAGCAUCCCUCUGACUUUAUCAUGACCCGAGCCAAUUUACUUGUACUGAGGGUCACAACAUACAGGGAGGGGGUCACUGUUGGUUCCUGUUACUGUGAAGACCUGGACCGUUCCUGGAGAAUGCACUGUGGAUUUGCAGGCUUCAUUUUUGGGACUGAGCUUUGUUCUGAAGAUGAAAUUUGACAGUAGGAAAGGUCUCCACUAGACCUUAUCCCUUCAAUAAAAUGUUUUGGGUCUGCUAAGCCUUCCUCAGGACUGACUGUUACCUUCCUCUGAUCCUGGGGCAGUGCCGGUAACAUGUAGGAGUGCAUGAAAAGCUACCAAGUCUCACUUCUCCUCUAUUAUGUGCUCCUAGCAGACGGGGAAAUGGUGCUGGAAUAACUGCUGGAAGUUUUCCUCGGCACAAUGGGAGAGAAAGGAUAGAAAUACGGACAAAGAGCGUUUACAAUCUGACUUCAGGCAGAAUAGGAGAGAGUUAGCUAGGCUUUGAUAUCCUGCCUAUUAGAUUAUUGACGUACAAGGGACUCUUGUGUGUUUUUGGUAACCCAAACUCUUCAAGUCUGGAAGAGCCUUUACACAUCCGCUGAAGGCCCAUUUUUCAAAAUGUAAAUUCCAUGUGAUUUUUUGUUGUUGUAAAUUGAGUCUGAUUGAUUCCUAUGUUAAUUGCUUAUGCUCCCAUUCAGAAAUCCAACCUCAGGACUUCACCUGUGUAUAAUGGAGCAGGAUGUGUGGGGUUAGUCCAGUGGAGGGAAUUAAACCUUUUGUGUUGGAAUAUCCAACAGAGAUAGGGUGGAAUGCUUGUUUAACACAUGACCAAUCGAUACCAUCAGUUUUCCAUUGGAUGAGUUAACUUAAAAGUUAACUCUUACAUGUCUGAAUGCUAGAAUAGGGAUUGAAUCGAAUGUGGUUCAGUGGUGUAAUGCCAUUGCACCAGUUGGUCUAUCAGUUACAUACAUUUUAAUAUGGCCCAUUAAUGCCCUCCUCCUCCCUUCAGUGAUAGAGAUGUGUAUGUUACAUGGAACAAAUAUUACUUUACCUUCCUUUGAGAGAUGGCUAAUUCCUUGCUUCCUAAGGUAUUUCAAUAAGAAUCAAACUCCCUGCCUGCAGCUAAACCAAACACUAUUAGGACUUGUAUCUCUUUGCCAAAUUCCCUCACUUUUCCUCCAAUGCCAACCCUUCUCCAACUGAAACUUGACUCUUCUCUGAGUAAAAACUAUUUACAGUAGCCAUUGCGAUCCUGCCGCUACUCCCACCCUCUAUCCCCACUUCCCGGCUCUUCUCAGAUUCAAUCGUGAGAGGUUGAUCUGGCAGGUUAAAAGAAAGAGCACACAUUUGUAAAUACCAUUAGCAUUGAAGGUAUAGACUGAUAUCAGGGACAUGUCCAGUGCGCACUGACCGUGGACUAGCACACAUACCAAGCUUGGCCUACCAACCCAUCACCUCCAAGAGAUGUGCGUCUUUUAUAUAGAAAGUGUCUGUCUGUUUUCUGCCACGUGCAAUGCUAAACAAAUAAAUGGUUUCUAUGGUAACAAGUAAAUCACUGGAACAGCUUGCCUCCUUCAUGGACAUUGGUGCUAUAUCAUGCAGUACCCUUAUCCCAAACACCUCAUCCUCAGCCCAUUUCUGUGAUAGUUAAACAACUUCUCCAGAACACAGGAUUGUGUAGUGCAAGGCAACUGGUGGAGGAUAUACAUGAAUUGUAUCUUGUUUUCAUGUUCAUUGCUGCACCAAUUGUGCACAUGGCCAUAUCAGGAUGUACUGUGCUUUAUUUGUUCUUGUCUUCACGCCCUUUAUCCUUAAUGCCUCUUGGUCUGAUCCAUAGCACCAUCACCAUGAAAAGUUCUGCACCGUUGACAUAGUUUGUGUGUUGUGGCCACAAGAUGUCUAUGUGACAGCAAGUAAGGAAAAUCAACCACUGGGGAGAUGACUUAAUGUGAAUCAGUAAACCAUCUUCAAGCCCUUUGUCUACGGUUUCACAGACAACACUUUUCACAUUGAAGAGCACACAUUUUAAGCCUUUUUCGACAAAUCUUGUUAAUGAAUGUUGCUUAUGGGUUUAUUCCAGCAAGCAAUGGUCAUAAGGCAUUCACUCACCAGGCCAGUGAGAUUUCUAAGAUGGAUUAUCAACAGGACUUUCCAUGCUGGUCAUUGAGGUGGAGGAGAGGAUAUUGGGUGGAGGGGCAAGAAUUGAUGUAUCGAUGUUUUCAGUUGUCAUUCGUUUACUAGCCUCAGGUAGGGACGGUGUUCCAUGGUAAAUAACAGACGUAUAAGAACAUAGAAACUAGAGGCAAGAGGAGGCCUUUCAGCUCCAUCAACUCCAUUCCACCAUUCAGUCAGAUCAUGGCUAAUCUACUUUAACAGCAUUUUCCUGAACUGUCCCAUAUCUCUUGAUAUUUUUAAUAUGCAGAAAUCUAACAAUCUCAGUCUUGACCAGAUUCAAUCUCCAUAUCCUCUGACAUCAAGAAAUCCAACACUUAACCAUCUCCUGAAUGAAGAUGUUUCUUUUCUUCUUCAUCCUAAAUAGCCCACCCCUUAUUCUGAGGUGCCAUAUUUCACUUUACAAACACCUUCCUUUUUUGCAAAUGACUUUUACCAAGUUGUGCUCAGCAAAGACUGAAUGCUUGAGGAAGCAACUUAGUGACGGGGAAUAGAAUGAACAUGUAUUGUUUCAGUUGAUUAGUCAUAGUCAUAGAGUCACACAGCAUGGAAACAGGCCCUUCAGCCCAAACGGGUCCAUGCUGACCAUGGUGCUCAUUCAGCCAGUUCCAGUUGCCCCUAAACCCUUCCCAUCCAUGUACCUAUCCGAAUGUCUUUUUUAAACGUUGCUAUUGUACCUGCCUCAACCACUUUGUCUUGCAGCUCAUUCCAUACACGCACCUCUCUUUGCAUGAAGAAGUUGCCCCUCAGGCCCUUUGUAUAAAUGUAUCUCAGGGACUUGGUUGCUGCACUUUUGCAGGUCUGCCAGGAAUUGUGCAGGGAGAGCUGUAACAAUACCGAGUGCCCGUGGUUUUGUGUUAAUGUCACUGCUAGAAAUCUGGAGGUUUUGGCUGAUGUUGUCGUCCCCAUUCCACCACAGCUGCUCAUGGAAUUUAAAUUCAACAAAUAAACCUGAAAUUUAAUGUCUAAUCACCACGAAAUAAACGCUGUAAAAGGAAUUCGACUUUCGUAAUAUCCCUUCAGAGAAGGGAAAUCUGCUGCCUGUACCUGGUCUAGCCUACAUGUGACUCCAGAUCCAUAGCCAAUCUGGUUGACUUAUGAGAUGGCCUCGCAAGCCAUUCAGUUGAAGGGCAAUUAGGGAUGGGUAACAAAUGCUGGAUGUCCUCAUCCCAUGAAAGAAUUGAGAGAAUAAAAUACAGCGCAACUAAUGGUGAAAACAGUGUCCACAUUGGAUAAUGAUGCUGCUUUAUACUAAAUCCUUCAGCUUUCUGUGUGUGAUGCUCCAUAGUUUUGAACUCCCCUGCCCUAGCGAAAAGGCCUUUGCUACUGACGUUAUUCAUGGCCAUCAUGAGUUUAGAAACCUCUAGAAGGUCAUCCCUCAAUCUCCUAUGCUCCAGUGUAAAAGGAUCCAGCCUAUCCAGCCUCUCCUUAUAAGUCAAACCCUCCAGUCCCAGCAUCAUCCAGGUAAAUCUUUUCUGAACCCUCCAAUUUAUUAAUAUCCUUCCUAUAGCGGGGUAACCAGGAUUGUAAACUGAACUGUAAAAGUGGCCUCACCUAUGGCCUGUACAACCUCAACACAACGUGCCAACUCCUAUACUCAAUGAUCUCAGAAGA